AUGCCUACCAAAGCGGCCCUCCUCCUCCUCCUCCUCGCGUUGGCGGUGGCCGCGGUGAGAGCCUCCUCGUCCACGCACAACUCCACGAAGAAGGUGGUGGCGGUCGCGGAAGGUUUGGUCUACUGCCAGAAGUGCAAGUACGCGGGCACCUGGAACCUGCACGGGGCACGGCCCUUGGCGGGCGCCAAGGUGACCAUCACCUGCAGGGCCCCCCACCGAAGGGUCGUCUUCCACCGCGCCGUCUCCACCGACAGAAACGGAUACUUCUACUCCUCGCUCGAAGGCGGACGCGGGGGCCACUUCGACCCCGUCAAGGCCUGCGUGGUGCGGCUGCUGGCCUCGCGGGAGGCGACGUGCAACAAGUUGACUAACGUCAACUACGGGAUCGAAGGCGCGGCGGUGCGGUGUGAGAACAAGACGUUCGCGGGGAGGGAAUACGUGAAGGAUUUCUAUGCGGCCGGACCGCUAGCGUUCAGGCCUGUUCGCUGCGCCCCGAGGUACUAG